GAUCUGUCUUUUAUAGGCUGUUAACCGUCAGGAUAUGACAUACUGGCUUCAGGAACUUCAACAGAAGAGAUGGGAAUAUUGUAACAACCUUGAUGUCGCAAAGAGAGAGAGCAGAACUUCACCUACACCCAGUGACUUUUCCAAAGGCCUAGUUGCCAAAGACAUUACAGAUUUGAGUACCCUGAAUCCAAAUGUCUCAGCAGAGAAAGCUAGAAAUGUCCUAGCUGUGGAGACUGCUCCCACGGAACUGGUAGGAGAACAAGCAGCUUGCCAGCCGGUACCAAUCCAACAAAGUGCCAUCAAUUUCUCCUUGAAACAAUGGGGUACUGAGAUCAGAAAUUCAAUGACUUCCUUAAGAUCUGGGAAAGGAAACAGUGAAAAUCGUAAGAGUGUGUUUUAUACUAACGAAGAGUGGGAGAUGUUAGAUCCAACCCCAAAGGACAUAGAGGAGUCAAUGAUACUGGAAGAAAGGCGGAAGCAUGCAUCAGAAGGAAACAAAGGAGUGACUGGUUCAGCCUUUCCAUUUGAUCUGGGCCGCAUUCCACACAAAGCCAGACGUCCAUUGAAAGAAAUGAUUGGAUCUAGCAAAAAUCGGAAUAGCAGUGACUCCUCUCCAGUUGAAUGGAAUUCUGGGAAUGGCAACAAACUAGCUUCUGAAAUGCAAAUGAAAUUUCAAAAUCAGCAAGAAGAGCUAGAAAGGCUAAAGAAAGAUUUGUCAAGCCAAAAGGAACUUGUGCGACUCUUGCAGCAGACAGUCCGGUCUUCCCAGUACGAUAAAUACUUUGCAAGCUCUCUUUGUGAUGGGGUUCCAAAAGACAAAUUAGAGCUGCUACACCAAAAAGAUUCUCAGAUUUUGGGUCUCAACAACCAGCUUGAAAAGCUAAAUCUGGAAAAAGAUAGUCUCCAGCAGGAAGUAAAGAAUUUGAAAUGCAAAGUUGGAGAACUCAAUGAGCAGCUGGGUAUGUUAAUGGAAACAAUUCAAGCCAAAGAUGAAGUGAUCAUGAAACUCUCUCAUCAGCUCAGUGAAAUCGAGGACAAUCCAUCCUCCCAAAGUGGAACAGCAAAUUUUUCCAUGUCAUGCUCUUUUAACAAGGAGCUACAGGAACUGGACAGACUAAAAGACAAUCUUCAAGGUUACAAAACCCAGAAUAAAUUUUUAAAUAAGGAGAUUUUGGAACUUUCUGCUCAAACCAGCUUUGCACAUAAGAGGGAAAGAGAUUUGAUGGCAAAGUGCGCUAGUCUGGAAGCCAAACUUUGUCAGAUAGAAAGUAAAUACUUGAUCUUGCUUCAAGAAAUGAAGACUCCUGUUUGCUCUGAGGAACAGAGCCCUACUCGUGAUGUCAUUAACCGAUUGCUCGAAGAUGCUUUGAAAGUGGACCACAGUGAUCAACCAGAGCAAGCUUUCUUUAAACCUUUCCUUGUCAGUGAAUAUGAUAUUUAUGGGUUCCAGACCGUCCCAGAAGACGAUGAGGAAGAGAAAUUAGUCGCAAAGGUGCGAGCCUUGGAUCUGAAAUCCAUUUCUCUCACUGAAAAUCAAGAGAUUUCCACUGGAGUAAAAUGGGAAAAUUAUUUUGCAAGCACAAUGAACAGGGAGAUGAUGUGCUGUCCAGAACUGAAGAAUCUUAUCCGCUCUGGAAUCCCACAUGAACAUCGUUCCAAGAUGUGGAAGUGGUGUAUCAACCUCCACAUUAAAAAGUGCAAGGAUAGCACCGACCCUGGGUAUUUCCAAACCCUGCUUCAGAAUGCCCUUGAAAAACAGAAUCCUGCAUCCAAACAAAUAGAGCUAGAUCUCUUGCGAACUUUGCCAAACAAUAAGCAUUACUCUUCUCCCACUUCUGAAGGGAUCCAGAAGCUACGAAAUGUCCUUCUUGCAUUUUCAUGGAGAAAUCCUGAUAUAGGAUAUUGCCAAGGUCUCAACAGAUUGGUAGCAAUUGCACUUCUCUACUUGGAACAGGAAGAUGCCUUUUGGUGUCUGGUUACAAUAGUGGAAGUUUUCAUGCCUCGUGAUUAUUAUACUAAAACUCUACUAGGCUCUCAGGUUGACCAGCGAGUAUUCAAGGAUCUGAUGAAUGAGAAACUGCCACGGUUGCAUGCUCACUUUGAACAAUACAAAGUUGACUACUCACUCAUAACUUUUAACUGGUUUCUGGUGGUAUUUGUGGACAGUGUGGUCAGUGACAUCCUCUUUAAAAUAUGGGACUCUUUCCUAUAUGAGGGGCCAAAGGUGAUUUUCCGUUUUGCUCUGGCUCUCUUUAAAUACAAAGAAGAGGAGAUGUUAAAACUGCAAGAUUCAACAUCCAUAUUCAAGUACCUCCGAUACUUCACUCGGACCAUUCUUGAUGCUAGGAAACUGAACAACAUUGCUUUUGGGGAUCUGAAUCCUUUUCCACUGCGUCAGAUCAGAAACAGGAGGACUUACCACCUGGAGAAAGUGCGCUUAGAGCUAACUGAGCUUGAAGCCAUUCGUGAGGACUUCCUUCGUGAACGGGAGACCAACCUCGAUAAAAGGGACCUUAUCAGCGAUGAUGAAGAAGAUAGUUGAGAGAAUUCAUUGACUUACACUUGUUUGGAAUUGUGACCAAAGCUUAUUGUGUGGGUUAACUUCAAAUACAUUUCUAUCGUAUCCUUUAAAACUGAAUGUUAAAUAUUGGCAUUUGGAAAUAUGCGGGACAGAUUUCCAACCUCAGCACUUUCUUUCAAAAAUAUUGUUUUGUAUAAGAGGCCAAACAGUUCUGUUUACAUCUAUGUUCAUGCAAUUGUAGAGAGCACUUAAGAAUUAGUAUCUUUCAACCAGUUAAACAGCUGAGCUGACAGUUGUUCUUCUGAAGUGCCCCAUCACAGUGCCUGUAUGGAAAAUGGUAUAGAAACAUCCUUUCUCUUUUAAUCUAACCUCUUGUCUCAUUUCUGAAGCAGUACAUUAUACUGAACAUAGUUAUACAUUUUUAUAGUAUAGCCCCACAACAUGAAAGAACACCAUUUUUCAGUUUCAGGCAGAUGCACAAAACUGGCUUUCAUAGUAUUUUCAUGAAUAAAUGAGUCAUUCUUUGUGUUACAGCUGAGAGAAUAUGGAAUGGAACACACCAAGAGCUUUCAUCUUACUCUGUUUCUUUAAAGGGAGCAUGAAAAUGGGAUAGCUAAGAAUGAAAAUGUGUGUGUAUAAUCUUUCAGAAUACUUUAAUUACCAUGCAAAACAUAAUGCAUUUAUUUUGAACAACUGUUUUAUAUUAAUUAUCAGAUUAUCAAAUGUCUGUCAAGUUCUACUGCUUAAUCUUUUUGUUUUUCUUCUGACCACAACUUCUCAAAAAAUGACAAGCAGCUGUUAAGGGAAGAUGGAGUUCACCGCAGGAGUCCCACAAACAUGAGUAGAUAUUCUGUUGCUUACAUUGUAGCAUUUGUUUUUCAUGAAGUUCUAUUCUUCUCCCUGUUCGGGGUCUACACUAGAGCGAUGUUUGAAUUUUAGAAAAGCACCCAAGUGAACAAUUUUUUUCAUGGAUAUAAAGUAUAUUUUCAGUGUAUACAAUACAGUAUCCUUAGAAAGGAAAAGAAAUGUUUAGCAAAGCAUCAGAGAAACCUAAAAGUCACCGUCUAUGAAGGUGUUGGGUUUUUUUGUUUUCUUUUGUUUUUUUGUGGAAAUGAACCAUACAGCACACUCCCAAAAACAUAGCUGCUGUGAAUGAUGUAUUCAUAUGUAUCCAUGAGACAGCUCGGGAAACAGAUAAGGUUAUUCACUUAGUAUUGUCUCUGACAGUAUGACUAUGAAAAGCACUGUUGCUUCACUUUUUGAUAUAUGCUAUUAGAAGAUUAGUUAGAGGGCCUGAUGGAUUUUUCUUGCUUUGCUCUCAUUUUGUUUAGGUUUCUUUAUAAUCAUCUUUGCCAAGCUUUUCAAUCAUCAGAAUGUCUGAGCUAAGCAUCACUUUUGUGAGAGAAACAUAAAAUUAGAAUUCCAACAAAAGUCAUUAAAAUCUGUCUCCCUCGAAAGGUUUUUUUUUUCAUUUCUAUGCCAGUAAAGAAGUGAGAAUUGCAAUAGUUGUUUGACGUUUCAGCUUACAAUAACUUUCCAUUCAGCUGUGAAUAUAGUUAUUUAGUAGGUCUCUUCUGUUUCAGUCCUAUUCAUGUUAAAAAAGAUAAAAAAUACUGGUGGGAAAGGGAAGGGAAGAUUGAGCUGGAGUUUCACAACUUUUUUUUUCUGUUGGCUUAAUUGAUGAAUGGUUAAAUAUUUUGCCUUUAAAUAAACACAUCCUUUAUAGAGAAAUUGCCUAGUGUUAUGCCUAAAUAGAAGAUCAGCCCAUAUCUUGUAACUUGAAAAUCUUGGUUAGAUAGAUAUUGAAAUGCUGUUUAACUAGCAAAACAUGUAAUUUCAAAUAUGCAACAAGCCCUUAUGCUUAUUAGAGAAACUUGGAAUGAUCUUCAGAAUUAUUUCAGUUGUGUUUUAAAAUAUUCAUAGCAUGCAUAGUACAAGCAGUAUCUUUCUUACUUACACCUCUUGCCUUAUACUUGAAUUUACUAGGCAGGUUUUCAUGCUAUUGCACAUUCUGUAUUCCUGUUAUACUUAUUACUAUAGUGAAUAUUUAAAUACACAAAUCAGACCAACUUUUUAAAUUUUCUGAUUGUAUGCUGUCAGUGUUUUGAAGGAGCUGGUCUCUAACCAGAUCUAUGUUUCUUCUUUAAAAAAUGUUUUCAAGCAUUAAAUGAAAUCCAUCCAUUUAUAAACUUAAGUUUUUCCUUUGUAUAGCAACAUUUAAAAUACUAUGUUUGAACAUUUACUAGUCUACCACUUGUGGAGAUCUUGCUAUUUUGAGCCUUAACUAUAGACCAGUUUUGUGACAUUAUAAACAUUUUCAAACAAUGCACAGAAGCCCUCAGGUGAUGCAGAGAACGCUGUUAACUUUUGAACCACUGUACAAGAAUUUCCCCAUAGAUGGCAAGUGUAUGGAAGAGUAGAGUUGAUUUGCAGUAUUGAAGGCCCAUUCCUCAUAAGAAAUGAUAUGCUGGUGGUUAAAUUUAAUUUCUUGUGUUCCUGCUAUUUGUAUUAAAUGUUAUUACUGAUGUCUAAAAUUUGUGCAGUAACAUUAAAUGAUGUUUUCAUGUUUUGAACUGUAAGUUCAAAAUCUGAUACACAAGAAGUGGAAUGCUCAAAGAUACCAUUUGUUCAGAUUAUUUUGUUGGGCACAGUGAAAUGAGUUGGUUGCUUCAAUCAGGUUCCCCAUAGCCUGGUGCUUACAUUUCAGUAGGCAUAAUGGCCAAAAUUUAAAUGGGCAAUAAAGACUAAAUUGUACUCUUAUCAUCAAAGUCCCUACGGAAUGGGAGUGAGCUUGCUUUACUGUUGUCCAUCCUGUUCUGCAAGCAAAUAAAGGAUUGUGAGUGCUGCUUAAUUUAUGCUAAUGUUCAUUUUUUUAAAU